CAAGAGGAGAGGGGGCAGGAUCAAGAGGAGAGGGGGCAGGAUCAAGAGGAGAGGGGGCAGGAUCAAGAGGAGAGGGGGCAGGAUCAAGAGGAGAGGGGGCAGGAUCAAGAGGAGAGGGGGCAGGAUCAAGAGGAGAGGGGGCAGGAUCAAGAGGAGAGGGGGCAGGAUCAAGAGGAGAGGGGGCAGGAUCAAGAGGAGAGGGGGCAGGAUCAAGAGGAGAGGGGGCAGGAUCAAGAGGAGAGGGGGCAGGAUCAAGAGGAGAGGGGGCAGGAUCAAGAGGAGAGGGGGCAGGAUCAAGAGGAGAGGGGGCAGGAUCAAGAGGAGAGGGGGCAGGAUCAAGAGGAGAGGGGGCAGGAUCAAGAGGAGAGGGGGCAGGAUCAAGAGGAGAGGGGACAGGAUCAAGAGGAGAGGGGGCAGGAUCAAGAGGAGAGGGGGCAGGAUCAAGAGGAGAGGGGGCAGGAUCAAGAGGAGAGGGGGCAGGAUCAAGAGGAGAGGGGGCAGGAUCAAGAGGAGAGGGGGCAGGAUCAAGAGGAGAGGGGGCAGGAUCAAGAGGAUGUAAUAAUAAUGGAGGAGGAGGAAGAGGGUCAAGAGAAGAGGAGAAGGAAGAGGAGGGCAGAAGCAAGCGGAGCAGGAGCAAGAGGAGGAUGCAACAGCAGAGAAAGAAGAGGGAGAGGAGGAGAAGAGGGCAAGGAAGAGGAGGGGGAGAAGGAAGAGGGGAAGGACAAAGACAAGGGGCAGCAGGAUGAAGAGGAGAGGGGACAGGAUGAAAAAGAGGGAGAGGACAAAGAGGAUGCAAUAGUGGAGAAGAAGAGGGUGAGGAGAACAGGGACCUGGACAGGCUCACAGGCUGGGUGGGUGGGCAGAAGCCAAUGGGAUGAGACUGAACAAGGCCAAGGGCAGGGUCCUACACUUUGGCUACAACAACCCCAAGCAGCUACAGGCUUGGGCCAGAGUGGCUGAGAGCAGGCAGGCAGAGAGGGAGCUGAGGGUGCUGGCAGAGAGGAGCUGCAGA